AAAAGCCAUCAUUAUAUCGAUCAUAUUUGGAACCAAAAAGCCAUAUUACCAUACAUAGUAUCAUAUCGAUCCAACCAAAAAUUACUAAAACCAACGUAUAUAUGGCCAACGCAUACGGUACCCAUAUGCCCGCGGUCCCGGACUGGCUCAACAAAGGCGACAACGCAUGGCAAUUAACAGCAUCGACACUAGUCGGUCUACAAAGCAUGCCAGGACUCGUAAUUCUCUACGCGUCGAUAGUUAAAAAAAAAUGGGCCGUGAACUCUGCGUUCAUGGCCCUAUAUGCAUUUGCAGCUGUUCUUAUAUGUUGGGUUUUAGUUGGGUACCGAAUGGCAUUUGGUGAUGAGCUAUUUCCCUUUUGGGGAAAAGGCGCCCCGGCUUUGGGUCAGAAGUAUCUGAUCAGACAAGCCGUGGUGCCAGAAAGUACACAUAAUUUUAAAAACGGAACGUUGGAAUCGGAAAGUAAGCCGUUUUAUCCUAUGGCAACACUUGUUUAUUUUCAAUUUAAUUUUGCAGCUAUAACUAUGAUAUUAUUGGCUGGUUCUGUUCUUGGGAGGAUGAAUAUUAGAGCUUGGAUGGCUUUUGUUCCUUUGUGGCUGGUUUUUUCAUAUACAGUUGGUGCUUUUAGUUUGUGGGGUGGUGGUUUUUUGUAUCAUUGGGGUGUUAUUGAUUAUUCUGGUGGUUAUGUUAUUCAUCUAUCAUCCGGGAUUGCUGGUUUCACUGCAGCCUAUUGGGUUGGACCAAGAUUAAAAAGUGAUAGAGAAAGGUUUCCUCCAAACAAUAUAUUGUUGAUGCUUGCAGGAGCAGGGUUAUUAUGGAUGGGAUGGUCUGGUUUCAACGGAGGAGCACCGUAUGCUGCCAACAUUGCUGCGUCUGUAGCCGUAUUAAACACAAAUAUAUGUGCCGCGACCAGCCUUUUAGUUUGGACCACUCUUGAUGUUAUUUUCUUUGGAAAACCAUCUGUUAUUGGGGCCGUUCAAGGUAUGAUGACAGGUCUCGUAUGCAUUACCCCUGGAGCAGGGGUGGUGCAAUCAUGGGCGGCGAUUGUAAUGGGAAUACUCUCAGGUAGCAUUCCAUGGUUUUCGAUGAUGAUCCUCCACAAGAAAUCUAUUUGGCUUCAAAAGGUAGAUGAUACAUUUGGUGUGUUUCAUACACACGCCGUAGCUGGUCUAUUAGGCGGGUUGUUGACAGGAUUACUAGCCGAGCCAGUCCUAUGUGACAUAGUUUUGCCAGUUACUGGUUCAAGGGGUGCAUUUUAUGGUGGAAAUGGCGGUAAACAAUUCCUAAAACAAAUAGUUGCAGCUUUGUUUGUGAUCGGGUGGAACCUUAUAUCGACAAGUAUCAUUCUUUUAGUAAUUAGAAUUUUUAUGCCAUUACGAAUGCCUGACCACGAGUUGAUGAUCGGUGAUGAUGCUGUUCAUGGAGAAGAAGCGUAUGCAUUGUGGGGUGAUGGUGAAAAAUAUGAUCCAACAAGACAUGGUUCAAUUUUUGGAGCAGCCGAGACAACACCAAAUUAUGAUUAUGGAAAUGGUGCUGCAAGAGGUGUUACUAUUAACCUGUAGGUUCAUAUAAUGAAUCACCAUUACCUUUUCUUUUUAUGAAUAUUAUUAUUUUUUUUUGUAUAUAUUGAUAUCUAGUCUUGAAAUUUGUGCGCAAUACACAUGUUGAGAUCGUUAAUUUAUAAUAUUUGUUAGUUUGUUACGUUUA